AUGGCAUACAGCGAGAAGAUGACAGCGAACAACCUUGCAGAGCACAGAGGACUUGUACAUGGCCUACGACAAGCGAAAGUAAGUGCCUUCGUGCCAUUGCACGUAUUAAGUGGCAGUGCGAUUGUGGUCUCGCAGCUCCGAAUGAACCGACCCCUUCUCAAGCCCCAGCUUGCAGCGCUCUAUCGCGAGGCGAGAGCACUAGCAGACGAAGUCGCGGUCGCCGUCUGGUUCCAUCAAUACCGUGAGUACAACGAGAUGGUUGACAGAGCAGCCAAAAUUGCGGUGGACACUCUAGCAUCCGCUCAUGUGCUCACACCGCCUUCUCGUCACCUCGUCUUCUCGGUGGAAGAGGUCAUGGAUGAAGACGUCAACCACUAA